AAAAAUUAUGUUGAAGACAUAGCCAAUGAGGCUAUUAACUUGCUGUGGAAUGUGUGAUUAGAAAAAGGAAAUAGCUGUAGAAGUUUGAAGAAAUACAAAUCCAACUAUUUACCUAAUUAAACGUGAAUGCAACAAUACAGCAGUAUCUAUAUUCAAUAAAGAAGGGUGUCUGGAGGCUGUAUUACAUUAUAUGAAGAAAUUUUCUACAAAUGUGGAUCUGGCUAUUUCAGUAGCGAACUGCUUACAGGCAGUGACAGAGGAUAAUCCUGAACUUCUUUCUUCAUUCAAUUCCUCUGCACAACAAGUACUAGAAACUGUUCUGUUAUGUCCGGAGAGCACAAUGAAGCAUGUUCUUCUGAGAACACUGAUAGCAGGUACUAUCUGGAAUAUCAAGGACAUCAUUCCACCAGGCAGCCUGGCAAGCAUGGUUAAUGCAAUCCUGAAGAUUUUCUCAGAAUCACUGGAAGUAGAUGCUGGUGAAACAAUUAUCCGUAUGAGUGAAGCUGAAAAAAACAGGUUAAAAGUUGCUCCAGAGACAGAAACUGAGGAAAACAUGACUGAUGUUAUAGACAAUUGUGUUUUGAAUGAAGAUAAUGAAAUGGAAGAAAUACCAAAAAGAAAAGUCAGGCAGCAAAAUGACGUUUCUGAUCUGCUUCCAUCUGAUAAGUGGGAGCUGAAAGAAGUGACAGCCUUACUGAUGGCUCAGCAGACUGCUCUGGAGGUCAUUGUUAACAUGUGCUGCAGUGAAGAUCCCUCUGACGACAAAUGGGAGGAACUCUCCAGCAGCGAUGAAAGUGAUUUGUUUAUGGAAAAUUCAUACAAUGAGGGCAGUGGGCUGCUAAUGUCACCUCUCUGCCUCUCUGAUGAGGUUAACUCAGCGUUCCUGAACUACCUCAUUCCAAAGAAGAUUCUUGAAAAAACUGCUUUUCCAAACAGUGUCGCUCUAGACAUCUGUAUGCACAAUCCGUCUUGGAAACCAUUAAUUAAAAAGCUGAACACGGUGCAGUGCAGAGCUCUGACCUGUCUUCACAGCAUUUUAUUAGUGUCAGAUGUGGAUUGUCUCGGAGGAGCUUCAGCACUCCAGUCGCUUGCAGAGCAUCUCUCACAGCUGGUCUUUUCCAAAAUGGAAUUCCCUAAAGACACAGAAUUCCUGGAAGCCAUAACCAGUGCUUUGAGGGCUCUCUUACAAACAAUGGCAUCAAAGAACAUCUCCCAGUGUAUGACUCCUGCACAGCUAAUCGCUUUAUGUGAAGCUGGGAUUCACAGCAGCAACUCCAGUGUUAGAGUGAACGUCGUCAGCAUCCUUGGAAUUUCGGGCAGUGUCCUGGCCAAAUCAGAAAAUACAGCCGAAACAUUAAAGAUGAUUGGAAAAUUUCUUCUUGAGGUUGCUAUGAAAGAAUCUUCUCUUGUCGUAGCAGGGGAAGCACUGGAUGCACUUUUUGAUGUGUUUGCAGAUGGUAAAGAAGCAGAAAAGGCAGCAGUACAGAUUAAGUUGCUCCCAGCAUUGAAAGAAUUUCAACCAGUAUUCAAAAUGAGGAUGCGAAAAGAAAGCAAAGGAGAAUACAGUGCAGAUCAGCUCUGUGUUCUUGACAACGUGAAGAUGAAUUUGAGAAGAUUCAUUGCAUAUCAGGAGACAUUAGUGAAAAAUCCAACUUGAAACAUCAAGGAACUUUAAGGUUUCCUUUAUUGAAUAAUGUUUUCAAAAAUAUAACCAUUUUGGCUUCUAAAAUUUGUUGAGCAGAGCAGUUUUGCUUUCAUGUUAAUACUUUUGUUUUUGUUUUACAUUCAGUAUUUUUAUACUUCUGGGUGGAUGCAAUAUGAAAGUGUCAGCAUAAAAGAAAAAUAGCAUUACUGUGAGAUUACGUUAGCUGUGGUAUGAAUGUGGUCUUGCAGUCCUGAGAUGUUGUAAAUAGCACUAUCAACGUUAAGAAAUCUUCGACUAUCCUGGCAGAAAAUUAUCAUUACAUGAAAAAAUAAUUUAAGAGAUGUCCUCAGUUAUGUGCCUGAUCACAAAAACGUAAAAACAAAUCAAAUCCCUCUCAGAUAUUUUUUGGGAAGUCAUCAGUGGCAGAACACUCAUAUUUGCUAUUUGUUUUUACCCGUUUCUGAAUUGCACGGGCAUGUUUCCCAAGAAAAGUAUAUGACAAGUGGGUAGAUUACUAUCAGCACUUGGAUCUAUAGCUUCUCAACAUUUAUCGAAGAGAAAAUAGUCUUGGAUUCAUUUGUGAUAAAUAUAGUUGGUUAAGCUUCUACCGUGGAAAUGAGUUUAGGAGGAUCCUAUUCAGACAUAAUGGCUUUUAUUAUAUUUUGAUUGGUAAUUCAGAAAAUCAAGUAUACUAGUUUACCUUCUUCCUUGUAGCUCUACAUGAGGAUAAGUGUGGAUUCAGGGAAGUAGUGAACCUAAUAAAGAUAUUUUUAUACUGAGUUAUUAUCUGAAAUAGUUUUAUAAUUACUUAAAGUAUCUUUGCAAUAUUUGUGAUAGAGACAUUUAAAAUGUAAAACUAGCUAUUUUUCAAAGAAAUAUCACUGAUUCGUGAGGAUUAUAUGUACUGCAUAUUUUUCAAGUUUCACUUUUUUAUGAACAAAGUAUUGUAUCAAGUACCGUUUUUUAAACAAAAAAAGGAAAAAGUGGAAGAAACUGAAGUGGAACAAAAAAAAUAAGCUGUAUUUCAGUGAGGGAAAAAUUAACUCAUUUAUGAUUUCCACUGUGUUCUUUCCCUUUGAAAUCCAUGCAGUGGGGUGCACAUCCCAAAGUGUUUUCUUGUGACUCCUGAAAUGGAACUUCUUAUUUUCCCUCCACCAUUAAUUGAUGCAGGAGCAAAGGGAGUAAAUUUUGCUCACAGUAUUACUAUACUACUAGCUGCAAAAACCUAACUUUGGUUUGUUAGACUUCAGUCUGCUUUAGACUAGAAAGCAGGCUUUAGACUGGCUUACUUGCAAAUGACUAAUUUUGUGAAACUCUGACCUUUUUGGACAAAUGGAAGCGGGGGAAGUGAAAAAUGAAUUAAAAUAACUGCACUGGCAGGGGAGAGAAAAAAAAAUCCCUGUUCUUGCUGUUGCUUUUCAGAAGUUAGAUUAAAUGUAUGAUGUGCUGCCUGCCAACCAAAUGAGCGCGGGAGCGAGUGUCAGGGACCAUGGGACUUCCAGGCUGUUGAGUCUGGGCACAGAAAGUACAGGAGAAGUGAGGAAAAUGUAGUGAUUUAAAGGUUAUCCUGGGAUGCAGAAGGGUAAACACAGAAGAAGGUCAGUGUAUAACUGCUGAGGAAAGAGUAGUUAUGGUGUGAGACCGUACAGUGUGUGGAUCUUAAUUCCAAUGUUAGAAAUACUGGCCAUAUCCUGAGGACAGAACGGUAUUGAAAAGGAGCUAAAAAGAGCAGGGCUCUCUUCAGAGCCCAGUGAGGUUGUGUGGGUCUUGACCAGUCCAAGUUCGAGCAUAUCCCAAGGAUGGAAAUUCAACAGCCUCUCUGGACAACCUUUUCCAGGGCCUGACUGCCCUCACUGUGAAUAUCUCUUCCCUUAAACCUCGCUGGAAUUCACCUUGCGAGAUCUACCUCUCCUCCUUUGAAUGGAAGGAGAAUCUGGCCACAUUUUAUAACCUCCCAUCAGGUAGUUGGUUGAAAACAGCGAUUAUAUUCCCUUUUCGUGGUGUGUGGCAAACCUGGCCCUUCAGGCCGUGCCGCGUGCUCCAGCGCUCUGCCAGGGCUGGGGGCCGUGCGCUCGUGUGCCCUGUCCCGGGGGCUGCAGCUCCGGGCCCUGGGUGCUAAAGAGGGGGCUCUAAUCCCUGCUCCUGGCACUGGCCUUGCCUCCUCUGCGGGGCCGCUCUUUGCUCGUGCACGCAGCAGCCUGUCCUGUUUCGCUGGGUUAUUCCGGCCCAAGUGCAACGCACGGGUGUUCUGUAGCAGGUAUGGCAGUGGAAUCUGCUUCC